AUUCUUCGCCAUUUUGACAAUGGUGCAGCAAUGCCAUCUGACGAUAGAGGCAGUGAAUAGCUGAAAGGGUGUAAAAAUGAGACCCAAGAUUGUCUUUCUAUCUUCGUUCGUUUCCAAUCUUCGAGCGUACUGUCGAGUGUUGAGCCGACUGUCGUGAGUGUGUGUAAUGUCGACAAGAAUGUUGACGUUUAAUUCAGCUCGUCGGAAGCAACGAAUACGCGCCGUGGUAGCCUCGUGAAUAAUGUCAAUGGAUUCCUCGUAACUUAUUGCACGCAGUCGUAAUAAUGUUACGCACUGUGGAGUUCACAGUAAACUCGUAGACUUCAUGAACGAACAAUCAUUGUACGCGCGAGGGCUUUGGCUCGAACUGUGACGCGCCAUAUUGGUUUAAGAGAAUUGUUCAUAUUAGUGAGCUUUGGGUGAAUCAAUUUUAUUGCAAAUGCACAUAGUAUAAUAAAGUUCCAACAAUGGAAGAGACUAAAAUCAUAUAUCACAUUGACGACGAAGAAACUCCUUAUUUAGUGAAGCUUACCAUCUCACCGGAAAGGGUCACUCUUGCCGACUUCAAAAAUGUCUUGAAUCGACCGAAUUAUAAGUAUUUCUUCAAAUCUAUGGACGAUGAUUUUGGUGUGGUGAAAGAAGAGAUUGUAGAUGAUGAUGCCCAUCUUCCGUGUUUUAAUGGACGAGUUGUUUCUUGGUUGGUUUCUGCUGAAGGCAGUAAUGUGUCAGAUGGUGCUUCACAAUGCACAGAUUCAGUAGCACAUAGUGAGGCAAAACAUGAUCGUGUUGAUCAUGUGACACCUGGUCACACAAAUCGUGGUCCACCUCCUUUAUCACAUGAUGAUACUUUAACUGAAACUGAAAGUAUUACAAGUAGUCGACAAGGGCAUCAUUUACAUAAAAGUUCAAGACAUCAUUCAGAUAAAUAUGAGAAAUAUAAUAAAUAUAAUGGACUUCGUAUAAAUGGUCAUUCAAAGCACAGAUCAGGCCAUGGUUAUGAGACUGCUUCUAUUUUAAGUUCAGAUUUAGAGACAACAACAUUUUUAGAAUCAGAUGAUGAUGCCAGUAGCCGUAUAACAUCAACUACAGGCAGACAUACCAAUAUGAGUAGUACAGUUGACAGAGCAACUUUAGAGCGGCGUAGACCACAGAGAAGAAGGCGUCAUAGAUUGCCACCUAUGUCUAGAACAUCAUCUUUUAGCAGUAUCACAGACAGUACAAUGUCCUUAAACAUCAUAACAGUUUCAUUGAAUAUGGAUACUGUUAAUUUCCUUGGGAUUAGUAUUGUUGGACAAAGUAACAAAGGUGGAGAUGGUGGCAUUUAUGUAGGUUCAAUAAUGAAAGGGGGUGCAGUUGCUUUAGAUGGGCGAAUAGAACCUGGUGAUAUGAUCCUUCAAGUAAAUGACAUUAAUUUUGAAAAUAUGUCUAAUGAUGAAGCAGUUAAAGUACUACGUGAAGUAGUUCAGAAACCAGGACCAAUCAAAUUAGUUGUUGCAAAGUGCUGGGAUCCUAAUCCUAAAGGCUAUUUUACAAUACCACGUACAGAACCUGUACGGCCUAUAGAUCCUGGUGCUUGGGUAGCACAUACAGCUGCUAUAAGGGGGGAAGGUUUUCCUCCACGCCCGCCAAGUGCUACAACAUUAACAUCAACAUCAAGCAGUCUUGCAAGUACACUGCCAGAUACAGAACGACCAUUAGAAGAACUUCAUCUUACGGUGAAUACGGAUAUGCCAACAAUAGUGCGAGCAAUGGCUCGACCUGAUUCAGGAUUGGAAAUUCGUGAUCGUAUGUGGCUUAAAAUAAUAAUACCAAAUGCAUUUAUUGGAGCAGAUGUUGUGGAUUGGCUUAAUACUCACGUAGAAGGAUUUAUUGAUCGACGCGAUGCAAGAAAAUACGCAUCUCUUAUGCUAAAAGCUGGUUUUAUUAGGCAUACAGUAAAUAAGAUAACAUUUUCCGAGCAAUGUUACUAUAUAUUUGGUGAUUUGUGUUCAGCUAUGAGUAGCAUGAAACUAGAUUGCGAUACAGUCGGACCAUUGCCUCCGCCGAAUGCCUGGGACAUGCCUUAUUCAGGAACAUAUGCACCUCAUUCUGCAACUGGUUAUAGUCCAAUGCCAUUUAAUUUCACUAAUGAACCAACUGUAUAUGGUUAUCACCGAGAAGAAAGUGUUCAUAGUGGAUCAGGCGGCAGUAGUGCAGGUAGUGAACACAUUUGCAAAGAACCUAUUCACGAUUUGAAAUCCUGUUCUUCAGCAUCUGAAUCUGAAUUACAUAUUCCAUCAGUGCCAACUAUGCCAAAUAAGAAUUCUGGCAAUGGAAAUGGUUCAAAUGGAAAGAGAUCUAAUGGUAGUCGCAGUCGUUCCAGUGGUUCUGAACAAUCUGUGCAGACAGGAACUGGUUCAGGGAAUCAACAGAACCAACAAGACUUAUCUGAUGAAGAAGACAUUUUGGAGUACCAGUUUCUGCACAAGUGAAGAUACUUGUUAAUGCAAUAUGUAUACGUAACAAUGGUAAUAGAAGUUAAAAAAAAAAGGAAAUUAAGAUAUAUUUCCACUUGAUCUUGAAUUAAGUGGAUGGAAGUAGCAAACGCGAGACACACAUAUAUAUAUAUAUAUAUAUAUUUAUAUAUAUAUUUAAUAGACGAAUUUUGAUAAAGCGUCAUAGAAAAUAAAAAAUCUAAACUAUCAUAUAAUUUGUAAUGGCUAUACAUAAAAGAAGAAGAUAGAUUUAAGGCCAUCGAAUUUCCAUUGAUAUUUAAUAUCAUUCGAAAAUAUGUAUAAUGCAAUCUAUAUAGAAUAUUAAUAUAUUCAUGAGAUUUCAGAAAGUCAAUUCUAAAGAAAAAAGACACUAUAAUUGAUAUACAAAAUUGUCGGUUGAGGUUCAUUUAUUAAGAAAGUAAUUAAAGUUUGGAUUAGAUAGAAUGAAAUUUAUCUAUAUUUCGCUUCAUCUAAUAAAAACUUCAACUUCUUAAUAAAUAAAUCUUAAUCAACAUUUUUGUUUUAAUUUCUAGAAUCGACCAAUCAAAAGUAUCUCAUAGAUAUAUUAAUAUUCUGGAUAAGAAAAAGAAAAUACGAUGGCGAAAAAGCGUGCUUUUUUAACGCAGGGUGCAUGUAGAUUGAAAAAAAUCCUUCUUAACUCCAUAUAUGUGUUUUAUCGAUAAUAUUCUUGUCCUACUUUUUCUUCCUUAACUUAAAAUAAUCAUGAGUAUAUUCUCUAUAUUCUCUUAUAUUUGACAUGUAUUUUUUUACUUUAUUUGUUAAUGCAAAAAAUAAUAGAUUUUUUGAAUUGAUAAUUUUUACUUACAGUAUUGAAAUUUUGUUUUUUAUAUAUUUUAGAUUUUUCCUUCUUGAAUAUUCAUUCUCAUGUCAUAAUAUGGCUGUACUUUUAAUUAUACGGGUAUAUAAACAUCAAAUUUAUAAAAUGCAAAAUCGAAAUGAAGAUUUUGCAUAUAUUGAUUAAAAUGAAAAAAAAGAAAAGAAAUGAGGUAAAGGAGCAAAAAGUGUCAGUAAUAAAAGAUGAUAUUCGCUAAAUUCCUGAUUUAUUAGUACAACUUAUGACUGCAAGUAUGUCUGUAAUCAAGUGUUAAUUCAUGCUAUGAAAAUUAAUUAGUAUGAAGCAUAUUAUACAAAUGUUGCAAGUAUUAUUGUUUUACUUGAAUUUUACGCUUAAAUGAAGGAAAAAAGAAAAUUUUAAAUUUUUGUAAUUAUAAAUAAUACAGAACACUUUAUAUAAAAAUAUUAUAUUCGAGUUUUCGCGUUAAUUCUCAAAUAAAUAAUUACAGAAUAUACAAAAUAUAAUUAACAAUAUUUUUACGUUAUUCUUCUAAUUUAACACUAUGCUUCGUUGAAUUUGCUUUAUACUAAAUAAUUGAGAACAUUAUAUAUAUGUACGAUUUUAUUUUUCCAUACUACUUUAAUCAAUUACUCGUUAAGGGAAGGCAAUACGUAAAUAAAUUAUAAAUAUAGGAUUGUAUAAUUGGUGAAACACCUUUUUCUCCUUUUUUGUGUGCAAGUUUAUACGAAUAAGUGUGAUAAUAUUGCAUUAUCGUGUGCAAUCACGAGUCUUCUCCCUCACUAUAAAAAUUUAAAGGAAGAAAGAAAGAAGUAAACCUCAACGAGUCAAUAUGAAUCGAAUAAAACUCAUUGAGAUGCAUUCGAAUGCUAUUCUGACUGAAGUAUUUUAAUGUCACUUAGAGUACCAUAGUACAAGGCGACAAGAUAGUCAAUCGAUAUCGCAUUUACAGACAGAUAGUUCAUUCCUUGUAUUUUUUAUCCCUUUGCGAGACAAAUGUUUGCGAACUUUUUUAUUAAAGCUAUGACCACGUACAUGGUGUCGUCGAUACCCUAUUUGCGAUGUUCAACGAUUUUUACACUAUUUAUUAUAAUUAUGUGAGAUUAAGAAAUUUGUAAAAAAAAAAAAAAAAAAAAAAGAAAAAGAAAAGAAAGGAAGAAAAAAGUGAAACGUUAAAAAAAAGAAAGAGAGCGACGUAUUCACUAAAUUGAAUAAACGAUUUCUUCGUGUGUGUGUUUCGUGGAAACAUUGCGAGACAUUGGUAUGUCAGAUUAUGAAUAUUGAGAAAAAUUUCUCUACCCCUUUUUUUCUUCCGCGAAAUUUAUUGCGAAAAAGGGGGAAAAAAUGAUAUAACGUGAAACGAGUUUGUAUCCAUAGUAUGUACGAUU